CAAGUAUGAGGAGCAGCAGGACGAGCAUGGCUACAUCUCCCGGUGCUUCACGCGGAAAUACACGCUGCCCCACCGGUGUGGACCCCACUCAGGUCUCCUCCUCCCUGUCCCCUGAGGGCACACUGACCGUGGAGGCCCCCAUGCCCAAGCUAGCCACGCAGUCCAACGAGAUCACCAUCCCAGUCACCUUCGAGUCGCGGGCCCAGCUUGGGGGCCCAGAAGCUGCAAAAUCCGACGAGACUGCCGCCAAGUAAAGCCUUAGCCCGGAUGCCCACCCCUGCUGCCGCCACUGGCUGUGCCUCCCCCGCGCCCACCUGUGUGUUCUUUUGAUACGUUUAUCUUCUGUUUUUCUCAAAUAAAGUUCGAAGCAACCACCAAAAAAAAAAAAGAUAGAAAAA